AUGAUUUACCUGCAAGGAAAGAAUCGACCGAUCGGCAUUAAGGAAAAGGACAUAAAUGAUGAAAAUUACCGCCGCAUAAAAAACGUUUUGAAGGAUGAACAAGUGCAUGUACAUAGUUGGAUAGAAAUCAGUCUGGUCUACUACAAGAAAAAUUACUACAAGCUUUUUUUGGACCUCACGAAGGAGGGGGAAAUUUUUUAUCUCACCAAUAAUGAUGACAGGGGGGGGAAGUUGGAGUCGGAGGAGAAGGACCCCUCGAAAGACGGAUCAACUUUUUACACACUCCUCCUGCUAUAUCACUUGGAGAAAAUAAUGAAUGUGAAGAAUGUGAACAAGGAGGAUGAGUUAAAAAUAAAAUUAGAAAAUUUAAUCAAUCCGAUAGACAAGAGGAGGAGUGACGUUCUCCUGAGGGGGGUGGAAGUCGACAUGCAUGGCGGUAUGUCCAACGAGGUGACAAGUGGUGGGUCAAACAGAAAAGAGGGGUCGAUUCGGUGGGAGAGCUACGAUUACUUGUCCCCACACCUAUGUAAAGCAAUUUACAAUGUUAAUAUGUACCUGUACCUUCUGAACAAGUAUGACCGGAAGAGAGGCGCCAACUACUUCCUAAAACCCAGGACAUCCCCCAGCGACGGCAACAACGAUGUUGAUGACGAUGAUGAGAUGCAACCGUCGGAGGAGAAAAUAAAAAAUGAAUACAUUAAUCCAUUGAAUUAUUUAAUGGAGGGCAUAUCAAUAUUAACCCAUCUGGUAAAAAAGAACAAGUACGAUUUUGUCGCCUCCAUUUAUUUGUCCCUCUCCUUAUGUCUAGCAUAUAAGUUAGACCUCUGCAUUGAGUUUUCCUCGCACGUGCUUGUAAGGGUUAUAAACCUGGAGAAUUUUUUAAAGACCCUUGUUUGCACGUAUCGGGGUUUGUUAGAAGCUGUGAAGGAAGAAUCCUCCAACACGGAGAAGGGAGCCACGACCUGGCUCUCCAAAUUUAUGAGUCGUGAUAAAGGGGCGAGUGACAAUAGGACUGACAUGCGUGGAGACAAGUUUGGGUCGCUUGACGGAAGGGAUCGUGCAGGUGGGGAAGAGCACCUCUACAAGUGCAUUAGGUUACAGAACUUGCUAACAACCCUGAGAGGAGUCAAGGCAAUAGUGAAAUAUAUAAUAGGUAUAUGUUAUGUGAAGAAGAAGGAGUGGAGCACGGCUUCAUUCUGUCUAACCUCAGCGAUGAAACAUGAUGGACACCCCCAGGCGUACCUAACCAACGGGUGGCUGCUCCUGAUGAACUACCUAGGAAAAAUCGCCCAGUGUAACGAUUUUGUGAGUGAAGGGAUUCAUUGGGGGGGUGGCAAUACAGGUCAGCUGCACAUGACGGAGCAGCCAUUCCCCCAUGUGGAUGCUCCCCCCCCUGGCUGGGACAAAAACGAUCUGCGAAAAAUCCCCAUUAAGGAUAUCAUUAACCUGACGCUGCUACGCUAUUACGAGUAUUUAAGAAACGGCAUAGGAAAAUAUUCUAAAGGAAUAGAAACCCUUCUGUUGAAAAAAAAUUCUUCUUACCACCUCGACAAAAAUGACAUAUAUGAACAUGACGAAUCGAUUGAAAUGACAAACAAUGAGAAUGGGUACCUGAAAAAGAACCAUGAGCAUGUGCAUCUGUGUAAGAGGAUGAUUUACCUGUACCUGGAUCUGUGUGAAAUAUGGCUGAUGCAAGGAGAUACAAAAUGUAUUGUAUUGUUAAAACUUAUGAAGGACAAGAUACAUUUUAAUUAUAUUAAUAAGAAAUGCCUGUCCAAGUACUACUUCCUCAUUGGUAUGUAUUAUCAUCACAUGGUGAGAAACACCAGGAGGGCCCUCAAGUAUUAUUACAAGAGCAUGCAAAUAUAUGGCAGCCAUGUAAACAAGUAUUAUCACACCAUUUGUUUAAUUCACUUGAAGAAGUAUAGUAAAGCUAAAAAGAAUAUUUUAUUUUUUUUUCAAAAGUGCAAAAAUGCUUACUUUGUUAAAUUGUAUGUUUUUUUUUUCCUGCACACGGCAAAUUUAUUUUUAAAUUUUAACCUCCUUUGUGAGGGCAGCGGUGUUGCAGUUGCUCAGGGGCGGACCACACUGGGUGCCCAGCCACCCUCCCAUCCCGUUGAGAAUACCACUGAGCGGGGUGACCCGAACACGCGCAACGACACAGACCUGCGCGACGAGAAUGAUAAACGCGUACACGUUUCCGUGCGAACCAAAUAUAUGAAGAGCAAUCAAAACGAUAGUAGCAUGAAAGUUGUCCUACGGAUGCUGCAACACCUGAUGGAUGUUCUCGAGGCGCACUGUUACAUGUUUCAGAACGAUUUGGACAUGAAGCUCAUGAAAAUAAAAAUACGUGAACUGCUCCUAACCAAGUACAACCACGAGGGGAUGGUGGAGUACAACAAGGAGCUGAAUGAAGUGGAAGAAGUGAGAACCUUUUUCAAACACACAAAUAAGCCUCGUAAAAUAUCCUACGAGCUCAUAAAUAAUUAUAUCAUUUCCCUUUUUUUUUGUGACGAGAAGGAACGCAGUGUGGAGUUAAUGGAGUUGCUCAAGAGGGAGAUCUUCCUCAAGGUGAAACGCUUCUCCAGUUACUACUCUUAUGCGUUUUGCGGCAGGCCUUCUAAUCGUCUUCACCUAUCGCGGGAUAGACAACAAGAAGGAGGAGGAGAAGAACAUAGACUUGGCUCCCCAAAGGAAGCACUCUCCACUGAAGGGAACAACUCUCGAAAGCGCAGCGCGGGCUCUCCCGGGAACACGAAAAAGAAGUCUAAGCGGAAUGAGAGCGGGUCGCCCUGUGAAGAGGCAAACGCACGAAUGGCUCUACGAGAACAAAUAAUAACGGAGGAGGCCAAACAGAAGAGAGACCUCCUUCGCAGAAACACACUAAAGUUGUACCACUUGGACUCCAUGCUGCGCAACCAUCGAAUCAGGGAGCUGAAGCAGGCUAUGCUGAGUCAAGGAGCAAAGUUUCCUAAGCAUGUUUAUAUAAAAAGAAGCAACCGAGAAAGGUAUAGAGCAAUAAUUAACUAUUUGAAGAGGAUUUACCUGACCAUAUCAUUUAACAGCGCCGUGUUGGAAGAGUACUUAGGUUAUAAAGACUCCUCCAUGCAAACAUACAAAUUAUAUACUGAGGUGUAUAAGACGUACGAAGGCGCCUUCGUUAGGUUAGCAAAUGUGUAUAUACAAAUGAAGAAAUUUUCUAAAGCGAAGGAAGUGAUUGAAAAGGGACUCCGGAGUAACCCAACGUCAGUAAACCUAUUGUUACAAAAGGCAUACAUACAUGCAUGUAGGAAGCACUACGAUUAUUGUAUAUAUACAUUGGAGAAGCUAAAAAAAAAUGAACACUUGAAAGACGACGUCCUGAUUAACACAUAUUUGGUCAUUAUAAAAUUUUGUAAGCUUAAGAGAGGAAAAAAUAAAGAAGAAAAAAAUCACCUCAUAAAUGAAAUAUACACUCAAAUAAGUCUGUUAGGGAGAACGAGGAACAACUUUUUCGUGUCCAGUCUUAUAUCCAUACUGCUCAGCGUGAACCACAAAUAUGAAAUGUCAAGUGAAGCGUUCCAAUUGUUAAUCGAUUCAAAUGAGAAGAAGACAUUCUAUUGCCAGUCGGCGUUACGAAAUUUUGUCCUACACAUGUUUAACCACCUGAUGAGAACAGACCAAGUGAUGAAAAAUAAAUUAUUUUUAAAAAAAUUAAAUUUGUUUUUUAAUUUAAGCUUAAAGAAUGGUAUUAAUGACAAGCUCUUUUUUCUCUGCUAUGCAAAUUUUUUACAUCUAAUUGAAAAAUUUGAAGAUGCUAUUGUUUUGUUAUACAGUGCGUAUGUUAAAUGGGCUCAUGACUUUUCUGUUUUGAAUACCCUCAUCAUUUGCAUUGAUUCGUUUGUUUCGAAAUAUCUUAGUUCCGAUUACGUGGAGUUGAAUGACAUUUUGCUCAUGGGAGACUUGAUCUCUUUCUCCUUCUGCGCCAUCCACACCCUGUUGCGCUUCAAGCGCCUGGCCACCUCGGCGGAGCUCCUCGCUUCGGAUGAACAAAACAACUACUACAAAGAAGGCGAUCUGAUCAUCGAAGUAAGGAAAAAAGACAUCGAGCAUUUGGCCAGCAGAAAGUACCUAAUCAACACGUACAUAAAAUUCGAGGAGAAAAUAAAGCCAUACAUUGAAAGCAGCGUGCCCAGCAUGCUGAGACAAAAAAAAAUGUAUAACCAAAAAAAAAUAAAUAUGCAAAAAAAAAUUUACGAAGAUAAAAAGAGGAAAAAAAAUUUGGAAAUGAAAAAACUCAAGAGUCAGGAAAUUCUACAUGAGGAAUUGCUCAGAGAUGUGAGCGAACUGACGUACCACAUGACCGAACGUGGGACGACAAUAACCACCCUCAGGGGACAAGAAAAGGACACCACGCAUGCAGAGGGAGAACCACAUUCACAGUUCGAACUUCCACAAAAGGGAGAUGGUCCACAAGAAGGGGAAGGGGAAGAGGAGGACGACGAAGAGUUUUCUUUUAAUAAGGAAAGCGCCAACGCGAAUGAAGAAACAGACAAGGAGGGGGCAGCCAAAGUGCAAACUGACAAUGAGGAGCAGAAUAACACUGGGGAGGACGGAAGCAUCUCCGACGGGGAUGCACAAUAUGUGGAAGGUUCCUCCAGCAGCUCAGAUCUCUUCGAGGAGAAGAAGCCAAAAAAAAGGAAAAAGCUAAUAGACUAA